AUGGGAGGAGGCGGAGGCAGGAGGAAGAAGGGGAGGUCGGGAGGGAGUGUCCGGUCCGUGGGCGCAGACAGCUCUGCCAGACCUCCCGCUCCCCCAAGCCUGCCGCCGCAGUGAGCCCCGCAACGCGAGAGGGGAGUCCGCCGGAGCAGAAGGGAGAAAAUUCAAAACGAGUUUACUCAACCUCGUCUUGGCUCCGAGGCCCUGCCAUGGAGACCAGCGCACUGCGCACGCGCUCCCCUCCGGGAGGCGCAAUUCAGGCCCUUAAGGUUGGGCCCUUCUCGGCCACCGUCGCCCCGGUCCCUUCCGAGUCGUUUUCCUGCCCAGCACUUCCGCUCUGCAGCCUGAGGUAGUUGAUGUGUGCGGGCUGGGCGCCUGCGCAACGAGAACCUCGUGGUAUGGUCUGAGGAAGCUGAAGGUAGCAGAUCCUACCUUCCAAGGCUCUUGCCGCGUGCUGACUGUCAACGCACAGAUCUUUGUGGAGGAGUCUCGUGUGCACUUUCCGCCAUGGCACAACUCCAGGCACGGUUCUACACCGAGAACAAGAACUAUGCCGUAGAUGAUGUUCCUUUCUCAAUCCCCGCUGCCUCUGAAGUUGCUGACCUUAGUAACAUCAUCAAUAAAUUGCUGGGGACCAAAAAUGAGCUCCACAAACAUGUCGAGUUCGAUUUCCUUAUCAAGGGCCAGUUUCUUCGAAUGCCCUUGGUCAAACACAUGGAACUGGAAAAUAUUUCAUCGGAAGAGGUUGUGGAACUAGAAUAUGUGGAAAAAUACACCGCACCCCAGCCAGAGCAGUGUAUGUUCCAUGAUGACUGGAUCAGCUCGAUUGAAGGGACAGAAGAAUGGAUCCUGUCUGGUUCUUAUGAUAAGACCUCUCGGAUCUGGUCCUUGGAAGGAAAGUCAAUAAUGACAAUUGCGGGACAUACAGAUGUUGUGAAAGAUGUGGCUUGGGUGAAAAAAGACAGUUUGUCCUGCUUGCUACUGAGUGCCUCAAUGGAUCAGACGGUUCUCUUAUGGGAAUGGAAUGUGGAGAAGAACAAAGUGAAAGCCCUACACUGCUGCAGAGGUCAUGCUGGGAGUGUGGACUCCAUAGCAGUCAACAGCUCAGGAACUAAAUUUUGCAGUGGCUCCUGGGAUAAGAUGCUAAAGAUCUGGUCUACAGUUCCUACAGAUGAAGAAGAUGAAAUAGAAGAAUCCACAAAUCGGCCAAGAAAAAAGCAGAAAACAGAGCAAUUGGGGCUAACAAGGACUCCCUUGGUGACCCUCUCUGGCCACACUGAAGCAGUUUCCUCGGUGCUUUGGUCCGAUACUGAAGAAAUCUGCAGUGCAUCUUGGGAUCACACAAUUAGAGUGUGGGAUGUUGAGUCUGGUGGCCUUAAGUCAACUUUGACAGGAAAUAAAGUGUUUAAUUGUAUUUCCUAUUCUCCCCUCUGUAAACGUUUGGCCUCUGGAAGCACAGAUAGGCAUAUUAGACUGUGGGAUCCCCGAACUAAAGAUGGUUCUUUGGUGUCGCUGUCCCUCACCUCACAUACAGGCUGGGUAACAUCAGUGAAGUGGUCUCCUACCCAUGAACAGCAGCUGAUUUCAGGCUCUCUAGAUAACAUUGUCAAGCUGUGGGACACAAGAAGUUGUAAGGCUCCUCUCUAUGAUCUAGCUGCUCAUGAAGACAAAGUUCUAAGUGUGGACUGGACAGACACAGGGCUACUUCUGAGUGGAGGAGCAGACAACAAAUUGUAUUCCUACAGAUACUCACCUACUACUUCCCAUGUAGGGGCUUGAACAGGAAGGAUUGUUCACAAACAUUGUUGGGUUUUGUUUUGUCUUCCGUGUCUUACCGUUGUGUCAUAGACUGUGAAUGAAAUUGGAGAGGACUGGGGAUAUAGCUCAGCCCUGAGUCCUGUCUCUAACACGUGGAAAGAAAGUCGGUGUGGUAGGGCAUUCCUGUAAUCCCAGGACCUGGGAGGUUAGCAGCAAGAGAAUCAGAAGUUCAAGGUCAUCCACACCCCACUGUAUAGUGAACUAAUCUUAGGCAGCCAGAAUUGCAUGAGUGUCUCAAAGAGAAAGAAGUCAGUGGCUAGUCCUCCAAUACCACUGUCAAUGCAGAGAUAGGAAGCAGCCCUUUAAUAUGUGUAUAAUGGUUCAUCUUUCAUAAUAGCUGCAUUUUACUCUUUGUCUUUCCUUUUUAUAAAACACAAUAAAUGUGUGGUCUGAAUUGUUUACCCUA